AUGAGUUGUGUUAUUCUUAAUUGCAAGAAAACUCGCGUUGACAACGAAACUUCUUUAUGUGCCGCUCACUACCAAAUUCUUAAUGAAAAUCCUUCAGUUUUUCCUAGCACACAUAAAAUAAAAAGUCUUUCUUCCUCGUCCAUUACCGCUAUUUUCACAUCAUCUUCAACAAGAUACACCCAUCUAAUGUCUUUGAGUAAGGGUACUGCCGGGUAUAAAAAGAUUGAAGCAAGGUUCUUGAGGGAUUGGGUCAAGAAUAAUACUCAAGGUUUACGAGUGGAAGCCAUUUACAACAUAAUCUUCCCAUCCGAGAUAACUACUCAAUACAAAAAUUACAAAAAUCAAGUCGAAUCUCAAAUCAACUAUCAAGUUUUAGGUCUUCCAGAAGCAAACGAAAAGCUACUUUGGCACGGAACAGACCAAUUAUGCUGUAUUUUAUAUGAUAAGCCAACAACUGUGCCUUCGCCAUGCGCAACCCCUAAUUGCCCUGGUUGUGGUAUUCUGAUGAAUUCUUUUUCGAUGAAUAAAGUGGGAGUUAAUCAUCAAGGAAGAACAUUCCAACGAUUGGGACAAGGAUUAUAUUUCACUCCGCAUUCAAGCAAAGCGCAUUUUUAUGGGCACCAGGGAGCGAAAUCUUUGCCGAAUGAUAGUGGACGAUAUUGUCGAAUUAUGUUCUUGUCUAAAGUAGUUCUCGGUAAACCUUGGGAACCUGAAGUCGUUUCGCAAAAUGCGCGUGGUCCUCCAGAGGGAUACAAUUCAACUUGGGGCCGAGUUGGAUAUUGUCCACACGGUGGUGCAAAGUUGAAUUAUGAGGAGUAUGCGGUUUAUAGACAAGAGGCGUGUUUACCAGUGAACUAUAUAGCUUAUUCUUAUACGUCGAGUAGUGAAUAG